AUGUGUGCUUUGUCUAAUGCGCUUCCCAUAGUUUCUAUCUUUAACUAUACACAGGUUUUAUAUCCAGUGCAACUAUUUAUUAGAACCGAUAACUCGUCUUUGUCUCAGCUCCAUUUGAACUCGAUCAAUGAAGGACCAGGCCUGGAUUACCUAUUUCUGGUGGACACUGAGGACUCUAACCUUCGACUGACAUACAAUACGUCUUCGAAGAUAAUCUCGUCUGAUGCUACCAAUCAAAAACUCAUGGUGUUGACACCAUAUGUCACUCUUACAGAAGGCCAGUCGAUUGACAAAGUGGAGCUGUAUGAGACUGUGAGGCUUCACGACUCAGCAAAGGGAAUCACUUACAUCCAAGGUAGAGUUGUUCUGAACAGUUUCUCUGGUGGAAGAUUUUACGCUUGCAAGUCGGCAAACGAUCCAAACAACUACUCGCAGUCAUUAAACGAGUUAAUGUACUACACUGGGACCCCAGCUGCCAACUGCCAGGAGGACCGAGCAGUCUCGCCUCUGGCUAGUGCAAGGUCCUUUGUCAUGAUGCCGCCUUUCACAGUUUCGAUAGUGGCCUUUUCUAAUGUAUUGGCAAAGUCGGUAACUUCUGGCGUUCCAUCCAGCUCUCCUCUUUUACUGAGACCUCUAGUCCAAGCAAAAAUAGAGGCAAUCGAGUUUGUAGAAGUUUCCUUUCCUUGCUGGUGCUGUCUGAAGUGUCUGGUGACUGUUCCAUGGGCUGCCUCAGAUUCAAAAGACUUACCAUCUGCAGAAACCAGAACUGAGGUCAUCAGACCCAAAGAGCCAAACCCUUGA